AUGGCUCGUACAUUAGUUGUUAUAUUUUUUACGAUACUCGUCGUUUUGGUAAAACCUGAAGAUGAUAUGAAAGACUUCGAAUUCAGUGAUCCGGACGAGGUGAUGAUUGCUCAGGAGUCGAGGCACUAUCAGAGUGUAGUCGAGCCUCCAGUUAGGAUAGUGAAACCCACAGGUGUAACGAACUCCCACAGACCGCAAUAUAACGUGGACUCAUUCGAAUCACAUGAUAGUUUAGAAAAUAUAGAGACACCACCUAGAAAGUCCUUAGUUAAAAUCUACAAGUCUUCUAGCAGAAUAAGGGGUAAGGAAGGCAUGAUUAAAGACGCUGUUAUUAAGGCAUUGGACAGGAAGGAUCAUGUAGGCAAGUUUGCACAGAUACUGCCUAUUAUUAGGGCAAUGUCGGGAAAUCAGAGGGUGGCGCUGGCGUCUUUAGUUGCGAGCCAAGUUACUACCCCUCCUGGAAGAGCACCACUGAAUCUUGUACAGGUACAUCUUAGAUUUUACAUACUAACACAAUAA